AUGCCGAGCAGGGAGCAGCGGGCCGCGCUCGCGGCGGAGAACGGGGACGAGGAGCCCGGCGCGGACCCGCGUCUGCAGCUGCUGGGGGCUUACGUGGCCCAGAGCCUGCGGCCGGCUGCGGGCGCCUGGGAGCGCUGCGCAGGGACGGCAGAGGCCGAGCGGCUGCUGCAGGCCUUUCUGGGCGGCGAUGCUGCGGAGGAGCCGCGGCCGCUGCUGGUGGUGCGGCUCGGGCCCGGGGGCCUGGCGGUGAGACCGGGGCUGGACGCGGAGCCCGAGUGCGGCCCUACCCGCACCAAGGGGCUCUUCUUCCUGCGCACCAGGCCCGAGCCGCCGGGGCCCAACGGCCUCCGCGGCGCAGUCCUCUGUGGAGAUGUGCCCGCGGCGCCCCUGGAGCAUCUGGCCGCGCUGUUCUCCGAGGUUGUUAUACCUGUCUUGGCCAAUGAGAAGAAUCACCUGGAUUGGCCUCACAUGGUAUGUCAAGAUGUCAGGCGGCACGCCGACAGCCUCCAGUGUGACCUCAUGGUUAUCCUUGAGCAAGUGAAGGGGAAAACGCUACUGCCUCUUCCAGUAGGCUCAGAGAAGAUGGAGUUUGAGGACUCUGAGAGUGAGACUGUCUUGGAUUCCAUAGAUAAGUCAGUCAUCUACUCUAUUGAGUCUGCAGUGAUCAAAUGGAGCCACCAAGUCCAGGUGGUGCUCAAGAGAGAGUCUUCCCAGCUACUCUUGCAAUGGGAGAAUGCCACACCUAGGGUGGAGCUGGAAUUCUGGAAGAACAGAUAUGAAGACCUGGAUUACAUUUAUAAUCAACUGAGAACCAUCAAGGUGAGGGGCAUGGCUGGGCUCCUGGACAAGCUUCAGAGCAGCUACUUCCCUGCUUUCAAGGCAAUGUUCAGAGAUGUUGCAGCAGCUCUGACGGAAGCACAGGACAUCCAUGCUCAUCUGAUGCCACUCCACCGCCACCUGGAAACCAUCCAGAGUGUGGAGUUUCCCAAGGUGAAGCCACGGCUGCGGCCUUUGCUCCACGUGGUCUGUCUGAUUUGGGCUACAUGCAAGGACUACCGCUCCCCAGGGAGGCUGACAGUGCUGCUCCAGGAGAUCUGCAACCUUCUCAUCCAGCAGGCCUCUACUUAUCUCAGCCCAGAAGACCUCCUGAGAAGUGACGUAGAAGAAAGUCAGAGGAAACUGCAAGUGGUCGCAGACACUUUGAGCUUCUUCAAGGAGGUGUUUAAGGACAGAAGGGAGAAUCUUCAUACCUACUUUAAAGAGAACCAGGAAGUGAGGGAGUGGGAUUUCCAAUCCUCUUUGGUCUUUGUGCGAUUGGAUGGCUUCCUGCGACGACUGCACUUGGUAGAGGAUCUUCUGAGGACAACCUUGGAUUUCCACAAACUGGAGAAGCUUGAGUUUAGCAGCAUCAGAGGGAAUGCCCUGAGUCAGCAGGUCCGGAGAAUGUACGAUGAAUUUCAGGAUAUGUACAGGGUCUUUUCAGAGUCCUCCUAUGACUGCUUGGACCCCCAACGCAUGGAAUUUGAAAAUGACAUCUCUGAAUUUAACCGGAGAGUAGAAGAUCUUGACCGAAGACUGGGGACUGUCUUUAUUCAGGCUUUUGAUGAUGUGCCUGGUUUGGAGCACGCCUUUAAGUUGCUAGACAUAGCAGGAAACCUCCUCGAAAGACCACUAGUAGCCCAAGAUGUGUGUGAUAAAUACCUGGUCCUCAUCAGAAUGUUCAGCCAAGACCUGGAUGUGGUGAGGAUGAUCUACAACCAGCAUGUCCAGGAGGAAGCAGAACUUGGGUUCGCCCCGGUGCACAAGAACAUGCCCGCUGUGGCUGGAGGUCUUCGCUGGGUCCAGGAGCUAAGGCAGCGCAUCCAGGGGCCCGUCAGCAACUUCCGCCAUCUUACACAUCCUUGCAUGGAGUCUGCUGAAGGAAAGCGAAUGAUACAGAAAUAUGAAGAUACGCUGUCACUGCUGGAAAAGUAUGAGACAAGACUUUAUGAAAACUGGUGUCAGACAGUAUCAGAGAAGUCGCAGUACAAUCUUUCCCAGCCACUUCUGAAACGGGACCCAGAGACAAAGCAGAUCACUGUCAACUUUAACCCACAGCUGAUUUCAGUGCUGAAAGAAAUGAGUUAUCUGGAGCCCAGGCGGAUGAAGCACAUCCCUGAGACAGCAGCAGCCAUGUUCUCCUCCAAAGACUUCUAUCGGCAACUCGUGGCUAAUUUGGAGUUGAUGGCAAGUUGGUACAACAAGGUUAUGAGAACCCUGCUAGAGGUAGAAUUUCCAUUAGUGGAGGAUGAGCUGCAAGAUAUCGAUGGGCGCCUGAGAGCUGCAGAGGAGACGCUGAACUGGAAAACGGAAGGCAUUUGGGAUUAUGUCAUUCAGGUCACCAAUAGUAUUCAUGAUCUUGAACAAAGAAUUCAGAAAACUAAAGACAAUGUAGAAGAGAUUCAAAGCAUCAUGAAAACGUGGGUGUCUCCAAUAUUGAAGAGAAAAGAUGGGAAAAAAGAAUGUCUUCUCUCUCUGGAUGAUCAGCAUGAUCGAAUGGAAAAAUACUACAAUCUCAUCAAAGAAUCAGGCCUUAAGAUUCAUGCCCUUGUCCAGGAAAACCUGGGUCUGUUUUCAGCAGACCCAACCUCCCAUAUCUGGAAGACCUAUGUUAACUACAUUGAUGAUAUGUUGCUAGAUGGAUUCUUUCUUGCUAUUGAGUGCUCCCUCAAGUAUCUCCUGGAAAAUACUGAAAAUAAGUCUGGAAUCACCCCAAUAUUUGAAGCACAACUGAACUUAGCUAUUCCAGAAUUAGUUUUCUACCCCUCCUUGGAGUCAGGAGUGAAAGGAGGCUUUUAUGACAUUGUCGAGGGUCUUCUCAUGAGCAUUUUUGGGAUAUCAUCUCUGGUGCCACGGCUCUCCCCACAAAACCACCCUCCUCACUAUCAGGUUGACAUGGAGGCCAGGGCUGAGCUGGCAAGCAUGAGGAGUGUGCUCAGGGAGAGGGUCCGGAACAUGAUGGCCCUCUGCUGCAGCUAUCGGAACACCUUCAGCCAGUACUCCUACCUCUACGUGGAGGACCGGAAGGAGAUCCUGGGUCAGUUUCUGUUGUAUGGGCAUGUCCUCACACCUGAUGAGAUUGAAGCCCACAUCGAAGAUGGCAUCCCAGAGAACCCUCCCCUCCUCCAUCAGUUCCAAGUCCAGAUUGACUCCUAUGAAAAACUCUAUGAAGAGGUGUGCAAGCUAGAACCCAUCAAGGUGUUUGACUGCUGGAUGAAGAUUGAUGUGCGGCCCUUUAAAGCCUCGCUGCUGAAUAUAAUUAAGAGGUGGAGCCUCAUGUUUAAACAGCACCUUGUUGACUCUGUCACUAACAGCUUGGCUGACCUUGAAGUGUUUAUAAAAAAUAGUGAGAAUGGCUUGCUCAUGAAAGUUGAAAAAGGAGAUUUCAAAGGACUGGUUGAGAUUAUGGGACACCUUAUGGCUCUUAAGGAACGGCAGAGCAGCACAGAUGAGAUGUUUGAGCCCUUGAAGCAAACUAUUGAAUUGCUGAAGACCUAUGAACAAGAAUUGCCAGAUACAGUAUAUAAGCAGCUGGAGGAGCUACCAGAGAAAUGGAACAACAUAAAAAAGUUGGCCAUCACAGUGAGGCAGCAGGUGGCCCCACUGCAGGCGAAUGAAGUGACCCUCCUCCGCCAAAGGUGCACAGCCUUUGAUGUUGAGCAGCAGCAAUUCUGGGAGCAAUUCCACAAAGAAGCUCCCUUCAGGUUUGAUAGCAUUAAUCCUCAUCAAACGCUGGAUGCCAAGCACAUAGAAAUCCAACAGAUGGAAUCCACCAUGGCAUCCAUCUUUGAGUCCGCUGGCUUGUUUGAAGUCACCGUUCCUGACUACAAGCAGCUGAGGCAGUGCCGGAGGGAGGCCUGUCAACUGAAGGAGCUCUGGGAUAUGAUUGAAAUAGUGAACUCCAGCAUCCAUGCCUGGGAGACCGCCAAGUGGGGGGACAUCAAUGUGGAGGCCAUGGAACUGGAGUGCAAACAUUUUGCCAGGCAUAUCCGGAACCUUGACAAGGAGGUCAGGGCCUGGGACAUAUUCAUAGGCCUGGAAAACACUGUGUUAAACACCUUGACCUCACUGAGGGCAGUGGCUGAACUGCAGAACACAGCCAUCCGGGAGCGGCACUGGAGGCAGCUGAUGCAGGCUACUGGUGUGAGCUUCACCAUGGACAAGGACACUACCCUGGCUCAGCUCCUGCAGCUCCAACUGCACAACUUCGAGGAUGAGGUCCGGGGCAUUGUGGACAGAGCUGUAAAAGAGAUGGGCAUGGAGAAGACCUUGAAGGAACUGCAGACCACCUGGGCUGGCAUGGAAUUCCAGUGUGAGCCCCACCUGCGGACCCAUGUCCCCCUGUGGCGGUCUGACGAGGACCUCAUUGAGAUUCUGGAGGACAACCAAGCCCAACUUCAAAACCUCAUGAUGUCCAAGUACAUUGCUUUCUUUCUGGAGGAAGUGUCAGGCUGGCAGAAGAAGCUCUCCACAGCUGACGCUGUCAUCUCAAUCUGGUUUGAGGUGCAGCGCACAUGGUCUCACCUAGAGAGUAUAUUCAUUGGGUCUGAAGACAUUCGGGCUCAGCUACCCCAGGAUUCUAAAAGAUUUGAAGGCAUCGACAUUGAUUUUAAAGAACUAGCUUAUGAUGCUCAGAAAACUCCAAAUGUCGUGGAAGCUACCAACAAAUCAGGGCUUUAUGAAAAACUGGAAGAUAUUCAGAGCAGAUUGUGCCUGUGUGAGAAGGCCCUGGCAGAGUACCUAGAUACCAAGCGGCUUGCCUUCCCUAGGUUUUACUUUCUCUCCUCUUCAGAUCUGUUAGACAUCCUUUCCAAUGGCACAGCUCCGCUGCAGGUUCAACGCCACCUUUCCAAACUCUUCGACAAUAUGGCCAAGAUGCAAUUCCAAUUAGAUGACAGCAAGAAACCAACCAAAAUAAGCCUGGGAAUGUACAGCAAAGAAGAAGAGUACGUGCCCUUCAGUGAGCCUUGUGACUGCAGCGGGCAGGUAGAAACAUGGCUGAACCAUGUGCUUACUCACAUGAAGGCCACUGUGAGGCAUGAAAUGACAGAGGGUGUAACUGCCUAUGAAGAAAAACCACGGGAACAGUGGCUCUUUGACUACCCAGCUCAGGUGGCCCUGACCUGUACUCAGAUCUGGUGGACGACGGAAGUGGGCAUUGCGUUUUCCAGGCUAGAGGAAGGCUAUGAGAACUCCAUGAAGGACUACUACAAGAAGCAAGUGGCCCAGCUCAAAACCCUCAUCACUAUGCUAAUUGGCCAGCUCUCCAAGGGGGACCGGCAGAAGAUCAUGACCAUAUGCACCAUUGAUGUGCAUGCCCGGGACGUGGUGGCCAAGAUGAUUGCUCAGAAGGUAGACAAUGCCCAGGCCUUCCUCUGGCUGUCCCAGCUGCGCCAUCGGUGGGAUGAUGAGGCCAAACACUGCUUUGCCAACAUCUGUGAUGCCCAGUUUCUAUACUCCUAUGAGUACCUGGGAAAUACCCCUCGCCUGGUGAUCACUCCUUUGACCGACAGGUGUUAUAUCACCCUCACCCAGUCUCUGCAUCUGACCAUGAGUGGGGCUCCCGCAGGACCGGCAGGCACAGGCAAGACAGAGACCACCAAGGACCUGGGCCGAGCGCUGGGCAUCAUGGUCUACGUGUUUAACUGCUCAGAGCAGAUGGACUACAAGUCUUGUGGCAACAUCUACAAAGGCCUCGUUCAGACUGGUGCCUGGGGCUGUUUUGAUGAAUUUAACAGAAUCUCCGUGGAGGUCUUGUCGGUGGUGGCAGUGCAGGUAAAAAGCAUUCAAGAUGCAAUUAGAGAUAAGAAGCAGCGUUUCAGCUUCCUCGGGGAGGAGAUCAGCCUGAAUCCUUCCGUGGGCAUCUUCAUCACCAUGAACCCCGGCUACGCAGGCCGCACGGAGCUGCCCGAGAACCUCAAGGCCCUCUUCAGGCCUUGUGCAAUGGUUGUUCCAGACUUUGAGUUGAUCUGUGAAAUCAUGCUGGUGGCUGAAGGAUUCAUCGAAGCCCGUUUAUUAGCCAGAAAAUUCAUCACCCUUUACCAGUUGUGCAAAGAGCUUCUCUCCAAACAGGACCACUAUGACUGGGGCCUGCGGGCCAUCAAGUCUGUGCUCGUGGUGGCAGGGUCCCUGAAGCGAGGAGAUCCUGACCGGCCUGAAGACCAAGUCCUGAUGCGCUCCUUGAGAGACUUUAACAUCCCCAAGAUCGUGACUGAUGACAUGCCAGUGUUCAUGGGCCUGAUCGGGGACCUCUUUCCUGCCCUGGACGUUCCCCGGAGGAGAGACCUCAACUUCGAAGCUUUGGUUAGGAAGGCGGUUAUGGAGCUUCAGCUCCAGGCUGAGGACAACUUUGUGCUCAAGGUGGUCCAGCUCGAGGAGCUGCUGGCCGUCCGGCACUCCGUGUUUGUGGUGGGCAGCGCUGGUACUGGCAAGUCUCAGGUGCUGAGGUCAUUGCACAAGACCUAUCAGAUCAUGAAGCGCCGACCCGUCUGGACGGACCUCAAUCCCAAAGCAGUCACAAAUGAUGAACUCUUCGGCAUCAUCAACCCAGCCACCCGAGAAUGGAAGGAUGGAUUGUUCUCUUCCGUCAUGAGGGAGCUCGCCAACAUUACCCAUGAGGGGCCCAAGUGGAUUUUGCUGGAUGGCGACAUAGAUCCCAUGUGGAUUGAGUCUCUGAACACUGUCAUGGAUGAUAACAAGGUGCUGACCCUGGCAAGCAAUGAGAGGAUUCCUCUUAACCCCACAAUGAGGCUGCUCUUUGAGAUCAGCCACCUGCGCACCGCCACCCCAGCGACUGUCUCCAGAGCAGGCAUCCUGUAUAUCAACCCAGCAGACCUGGGAUGGAACCCUCCAGUGAGCAGCUGGAUUGACAAGAGGGAAAUCCAGACAGAGAAAGCCAACCUAACCAUUCUGUUUGACAAAUACCUUCCAACCUGCUUAGACACACUCCGAACCAGAUUUAAGAAGAUUAUUCCAAUCCCAGAGCAGAGCAUAGUUCAGAUGCUGUGCCACCUUCUCGAGUGCCUCCUGACCAAGGAGGACAUCCCUGCAGACUGCCCCAAGGAAAUUUAUGAACUUUAUUUUGUGUUUGCUGCUAUCUGGGCCUUCGGGGGAGCAAUGGUCCAAGAUCAGGUCGUGGACUACCGGGCAGAGUUCAGCAAGUGGUGGCUGACCGAGUUCAAGACUAUCAAGUUUCCUUCCCAGGGAACCAUCUUCGACUACUACAUAGACCCAGAGACCAAGAAAUUUGAGCCUUGGUCCAGCCUCAUCCCCCAGUAUGAAUUCGACCCCGAGAUGCCUUUGCAGGCGUGCCUGGUGCACACGAGCGAGACCAUCCGCGUGUGCUACUUCAUGGAGCGGCUUCUGGAGCGGCGGCGGCCCGUCAUGCUGGUGGGCACCGCGGGCACUGGCAAAUCAGUGCUGGUGGGGGCGAAGCUGGCCAGCCUGGACCCCGAGGAGUACCUGGUGAAAAACGUGCCAUUCAACUACUACACCACGUCAGCGAUGCUGCAGGGUGUCCUGGAGAAGCCUCUAGAAAAGAAGGCUGGCAGGAACUAUGGCCCCACAGGCAACAAGAAGCUUAUCUAUUUUAUUGAUGACAUGAACAUGCCUGAGGUGGAUGCCUAUGGGACCGUGCAGCCCCACACCAUCAUCAGGCAACAUCUGGACUAUGGCCACUGGUAUGACAGGAACAAGCUGUCCCUAAAGGAGAUCAUGAAUGUGCAGUAUGUUUCCUGCAUGAAUCCCACUGCAGGCAGCUUCACCAUCAACCCACGGCUCCAGCGUCACUUCAGUGUGUUUGUGCUCUCCUUCCCGGGGGCAGAUGCCCUGUCCUCCAUCUACAGCACCAUCCUGAGUCAGCAUCUGAAGCUUGGAAACUUCCCAGCAUCACUGCAGAAAUCCAUCCCCCAGCUGAUCAAUCUGGCCCUCACCUUCCACCAGAAAAUUUCCACCACAUUCCUACCCACCGCCAUCAAAUUUCACUAUGUCUUCAAUCUCAGAGAUUUCGCCAACAUUUUCCAGGGCAUACUCUUCUCCUCAGUCGAAUGUGUUAAAUCCACACAGGACCUAGUAAAGCUCUAUCUACAUGAAUCAAAUCGAGUUUAUCGGGAUAAAAUGGUAGAAGAAAAGGACUUUGGCCUUUUUGAUAAAAUCCAGACAGAGGUGAUGAAGAAAAUUUUUGAUAAUAUUGAAGAGACUAUGGAGCAGACCCAAAACCUGAACAUGUACUGCCACUUUGCAAAUGGUAUUGGUGAGCCCAAGUACAUGCCUGUACAGUCAUGGGAACUUCUGACUCAGACCCUGGUGGAAGCCUUGGAGAACCACAACGAAGUCAACACAGUGAUGGACCUGGUUCUCUUUGAGGAUGCCAUGCGCCACAUCUGCCAUAUCAAUCGCAUCUUGGAGUCCCCACGGGGAAAUGCUUUGCUGGUUGGUGUAGGGGGAAGCGGCAAGCAAAGCCUGACGAGGCUUGCAGCUUUCAUCAGCUCCAUGGACGUAUUCCAGAUCACGCUGCGGAAAGGUUACCAUAUCCCUGAUUUCAAGGUGGACCUGGCUGGCCUGUGUCUGAAGGCUGGAGUGAAGAAUCUCAGCACAGUGUUUCUCAUGACUGAUGCCCAAGUGGCUGAUGAGAGGUUCCUCGUGCUUAUCAAUGACCUCUUGGCAUCUGGGGAGAUCCCAGAUCUCUACUCGGAUGAUGAAGUUGAAAACAUCAUAAGCAAUGUGAAGAAUGAAGUCAAGAGCCAAGGUCUUGUUGAAAACAGAGAGAACUGCUGGAAGUUCUUCAUAGAUCGGGUCAAACGACAACUGAAGGUGACUCUCUGUUUCUCCCCUGUGGGAAACAAACUGAGGAUCCGCAGCAGGAAGUUCCCAGCCAUUGUGAACUGCACAGCCAUCAACUGGUUCCAUGAGUGGCCUCAGCAAGCAUUAGAGUCUGUCAGCCUCCGCUUCUUACAGAACACAGAAAACAUUGAGCCAACAGUAAAGGAGUCAAUUAGCAAGUUCAUGGCCUUUGUCCACACAAGUGUCAACCAAACAUCCCAGUCUUAUCUGAGCAAUGAGCAGCGCUACAACUACACAACUCCCAAAUCCUUUCUGGAGUUCAUCAGGCUCUACCAGAGUUUGCUGCGCAGGAAUGGAAAGGAGCUCAGAUCCAAAAUGGAGCGACUUGAGAAUGGGCUGCUGAAGCUCCACAGCACCUCUACCCAGGUGGAUGAUCUCAAAGCCAAGCUGGCCACUCAGGAAGUGGAGCUGAAGCAGAAGAACGAAGAUGCAGACAAACUGAUUCAGGUGGUGGGCGUGGAGACAGACAAAAUGAGCAAAGAGAAAGCCAUUGCAGACGAAGAGGAGCAGAAGGUGGCGCUCAUCAUGCUGGAGGUUAAGCAGAAGCAGAAGGACUGUGAGGAAGACCUGGCCAAAGCAGAGCCAGCCCUCACCGCAGCCCAGGCAGCUCUCAACACCCUCAACAAGACCAACCUGACAGAACUCAAGUCGUUUGGGUCCCCUCCUUCAGCUGUCAGCAACGUCAGUGCUGCGGUGAUGGUGCUAAUGGCCCCCGGGGGUAAGGUGCCCAAGGACCGGAGCUGGAAGGCCGCCAAGGUCACCAUGGCCAAGGUGGAUGGCUUCCUGGACUCCCUGGUCAACUUUGACAAAGAGAACAUUCAUGAGAACUGCCUCAAAGCCAUCAGGCCAUACCUGCAAGACCCUGAGUUCAAUCCCGAGCUUGUGGCCACCAAGUCAUAUGCAGCUGCGGGUCUCUGCUCCUGGGUCAUAAACAUUGUGAGAUUCUACGAGGUGUUUUGUGAUGUGGAACCAAAACGCCAAGCGUUGAGCAAAGCCACUGCAGACCUCACAGCUGCCCAGGAGAAGCUGGCAGCCGUUAAAGCCAAGGUCACUCACCUUAAUGAAAACCUGGCAAAACUCACAGCCAAGUUUGAGAAGGCAACAGCAGACAAACUCAAAUGUCAGCAAGAAGCUGAAGUGACGGCAGGCACCAUCUCCCUUGCAAAUCGCCUGGUUGGAGGACUUGCUUCUGAAAAUGUGAGGUGGGCAGAAGCUGUGCAGAACUUCAAACAGCAGGAGAGGACCUUAUGUGGAGACAUUUUACUUGUUACGGCUUUCGUUUCGUAUCUCGGCUUCUUUACAAAGAGAUACCGACAGACCCUCAUGGAUGGGACCUGGAGACCUUACCUGAGCCAGCUGAAAGUCCCCAUCCCAGUCACCCCUGCACUGGAUCCCCUGAGGAUGCUGACAGAUGAGGCCGAUGUGGCCACCUGGCAGAACGAGGGUCUCCCUGCAGACCGCAUGUCCGUGGAGAACGCCACUGUCCUUAUCAACUGCGAGCGCUGGCCGCUCAUGGUCGACCCUCAGCUGCAAGGGAUCAAGUGGAUCAAGAACAAAUAUGGCGAAGACCUCCGGGUCACCCAGAUUGGUCAGAAAGAUUACCUGCAAACCAUAGAACAUGCCCUGGAAGCUGGAGACGUGGUGCUGAUUGAAAACCUAGAAGAGUCCAUUGAUCCUGUCCUUGGACCCCUGCUUGGGAGAGAAGUCAUUAAAAAAGGACGAUUCAUUAAAAUUGGAGACAAAGAGUGUGAAUACAAUCCCAAGUUCCGGCUCAUCCUGCACACCAAGCUGGCCAAUCCUCACUACCAGCCCGAGCUGCAGGCUCAGGCCACCCUGAUCAACUUCACUGUGACCAGGGACGGCCUAGAGGACCAGCUGCUGGCUGCUGUGGUCAGCAUGGAGAGGCCAGACCUGGAGCAACUGAAGUCAGAUCUCACGAAACACCAGAAUGGGUUCAAAAUCACCCUCAAGACUCUAGAAGACAACCUCCUCUCUCGCCUCUCCUCAGCAUCUGGGAACUUCCUGGGAGAAACAGCCUUGGUGGAAAACCUAGAGAUCACCAAGCAGACAGCUGCAGAAGUCGAGAAAAAGGUCGAGGAGGCCAAGGUGACCGAAGCCAAAAUCAACGAGGCCCGAGAGCAUUAUCGGCCAGCAGCUGCCCGGGCCUCUCUGCUCUACUUCAUCAUGAAUGACCUUUGCAAAAUCCACCCCAUGUACCAGUUUUCUCUCAAGGCCUUCAGUAUUGUCUUCCAGAAGGCUGUGGAGAGAGCUGCUCCCAGUGAGAACCUAAAGGAGCGGGUGACCAAUCUGAUAGACAGCAUCACCUUCUCUGUGUGCCAGUACACCACCCGCGGACUCUUCGAGUGUGAUAAGCUGACCUACCUUGCCCAGCUCACCUUUCAGAUUCUCCUGGCGAACCAAGAAAUCAGCGCAGCAGAGCUGGAUUUUCUGCUUCGAUUCCCAGCACAAACAGGUGUCACAAGCCCUGUGGAGUUCCUCUCUGAUCAGGCCUGGGGUGGCAUCAAGGCACUUUCAUCAAUGGAAGAAUUCUACAAUCUGGAUCAGGACAUUGAGGGAUCUGCCAAGAGCUGGAAAAAGUUUGUGGAUUCAGAAUGUCCUGAGAAGGAGAAGUUCCCACAGGAGUGGAAGAACAGGACCGCCUUGCAGCGCCUCUGCAUGAUGAGGGCCAUACGGCCAGACCGGAUGACCUACGCCAUACGAGAUUUUGUUGAAGAGAAGUUAGGAAGCAAAUACGUGGUAGGAAGAGCACUUGAUUUUGCAACCUCAUUUGAAGAAUCAGGACCAGCCACACCCAUGUUUUUUAUCCUGUCUCCAGGGGUGGACCCACUGAAGGACGUGGAAAAUCAAGGAAAAAAACUCGGAUAUACCUUCAACAAUCGGAAUUUCCACAACGUGUCCUUGGGGCAAGGACAGGAGGUGGUGGCUGAGGCUGCACUGGACCUAGCUGCCAAGAAAGGUCACUGGGUUAUUCUGCAGAACAUCCACCUGGUGGCCAGGUGGCUCAGCACCCUGGAGAAGAAGCUGGAGGAGCACAGUGAGAACAGCCACCCAGAGUUCAGGGUCUUCAUCAGCGCAGAGCCUGCGCCCUCCGCUGAGGGCCACAUCAUCCCCCAGGGCAUCCUGGAGAGCUCCAUUAAGAUCACCAACGAGCCUCCCACCGGCAUGCACGCCAACCUGCACAAGGCCCUGGACAACUUCACUCAGGACACUCUGGAGAUGUCUUCCCGGGAGACGGAGUUCAAGAGCAUCCUCUUUGCUCUUUGUUACUUUCAUGCGGUGGUGGCAGAAAGACGAAAGUUCGGGCCUCAGGGAUGGAACCGCUCUUACCCCUUUAACACCGGGGACCUCACCAUCUCUGUGAAUGUGCUCUACAACUUCCUGGAGGCCAAUGCCAAGGUCCCCUAUGAUGACUUGCGCUACCUCUUCGGUGAGAUCAUGUACGGAGGCCAUAUCACCGAUGACUGGGACAGGAGACUCUGCAGAACCUACCUGGAGGAAUACAUUAAACCAAAAAUGUUAGAAGGAGAACUGUCCCUGGCCCCAGGGUUCCCACUGCCAGGCAACAUGGACUACAAUGGUUAUCAUCAGUACAUCGAUGCCGAGCUGCCCCCAGAAUCUCCCUAUCUCUAUGGCCUCCACCCGAACGCCGAGACUGGCUUCCUGACCCAGACCUCAGAGAAUCUCUUCCGCACGGUGCUGGGGCUGCAGCCUCAGGACAGCCAUGCUGGAGAAGGAGCAGGAGCCACGAGAGAAGAAAAGGUCAAGGCCCUCCUGGAAGAAAUAUUGGAGCGGGUAACAGAUGAGUUUAACAUCCCAGAGCUAAUGGCCAAAGUGGAGGAGCGCACCCCCUACAUCGUGGUGGCCUUCCAGGAGUGUGAACGGAUGAACAUCCUCACCAGAGAGAUCCAACGCUCCCUCAGGGAGCUGGACUUGGGCUUAAAGGGGGAACUGACCAUGACCAGUGACAUGGAGAACUUACAGAAUGCCCUGUACCUAGACAUGGUGCCAGAACCCUGGGCCAGGCGAGCCUACCCCUCCACAGCCGGACUGGCAGCCUGGUUUUUGGACCUCCUGAACAGAAUCAAGGAGCUAGAGGCCUGGACAGGUGACUUUGCAUUGCCCACCACCGUGUGGCUGACAGGCUUCUUCAACCCCCAGUCAUUCUUGACUGCCAUCAUGCAGUCCAUGGCCCGCAAGAAUGAAUGGCCACUGGACCAGAUGUCCCUGCAGUGUGAUGUGACAAAGAAGAACAGAGAAGAAUUCAGGAGCCCACCUCGGGAAGGGGCCUAUGUCCAUGGCCUCUUCAUGGAAGGUGCCUGCUGGGACAUACAGGCUGGGAUCAUUACAGAGGCAAAGCUGAAGGACCUGACACCCCCCAUGCCUGUGAUGUUCAUCAAAGCCAUCCCUGCAGAUAAGCAGGACUGCCGCAGUGUCUAUCCCUGUCCUUUGUACAAGACUUGUCAGAGGGGACCAACCUACGUGUGGACUUUCAACCUGAAAACUAAGGAGAGCCCAUCCAAGUGGAUUCUAGCUGGAGUAGCCUUGCUUCUCCAGAUCUAGUUUUCUGUAGGGCUACUGAGAAAGCAAGAAAAGAGGCUGGGCUGGAGGCUACCCAAAGGGACAGAUGGGUAAAGGUUGACCACAGAUAUUUAAAAAGAUAGGAAACCAUGACCUCUCACAAUUCUGUAGAAUUCCUCUAGGGAACUUGGAGAAGUGCCUAACAUCAGUAAGACCCUGAGCUGGAGAAGUGUGGGUCCAGGGAUUAGGGGAGAACUUCAUAAUAUUGAGCCUCUGCUAAUAAAGUGAUUUGUUCUUCAACUGUGUCUGGUCCAGUCUUUGAGAGCUGCAGUCUGGGAGAGACCCAGAGAAACCUGACACAAACACAUGGGGCCAGACCUUGUUACAAAGCAUCAUACACAAUGUUCUAGCGCCUGGGUAGUGCCUGUGGUCCUUGGAACGCCAGCAUUAGCGUCACCCCUGAAUCAGAAUCUGCAUCUUAAUCAGCUCCCCCAGGUGAUCUGUAUGCAAAGUACAGACUGAGAAGCACUGGUCUAGAUCAGGGAUCGGCAAACUUUUUCUGUAAAGGGCCAAGGAGCAAUUUUUUUUUUUUGGCUUUGCAGCCAUAUAGUCUCUGCGGCAACUACUCAAUUCUUCCCCUAUAGUCCCAAAGCAGUCACAGACAAUAUAUUAACAAAUGGGUGUGGCUGUGUUCCAAUAAAGCAUUCUUUACAAAAACGGGUGGUGUAUUGUAUUUUGCUGACACCAGCUCUAGAGAAAUAAAGAGAAGUAUAUACAAUGUGAUGUUUAUCCUUCAUUAAUUCACACAUCAAUUCAAUAAAUUUUAAUCUGUUGUUGUUAGGUGCCUUUAAG